AUGAACAGAGAAGAGCUGCCCCAGGGCGUACAAAACCUUGGCUCAGAGCAGAUCAUCUUAUGGAAAGACACGAAGAAAUGGGUUGAAGAGGUGGCAAAGAGGCUGAAGUACAACAAUGUCCAGGUUGCCAGACUAACAGGACUACCCACCGACGCAUUCGACGCAUGGUAUUCAGGCGCGGCGCCUGAGGUAAAGAUUACCACACUCUUGAGACAAUGGAUCAAGAAGAUCGUGGAUCAAAACGCCAACAAGCAUCAGCCCGCAUCAGACUUGCAGAAGCAGCAGCAAUCUCCGAUGCAACAGAACUUCGCUGGGGCCUCGGGGAAGUCACAGCAGCUUUUUCGUCCACAGCAAAAUGUCUCCUCCCAGUAUCAGGGGAACAAGCCCGGUCAGGUGGGACGCGGUGGCCAGAUGCUCCCUGGCGGGACAGGGAUGUUCGGUGAUAGUGCAGGAGCUCUCUCUGUGGAUGCUUCAGCGAAGGUUUCCUCCGAGCUCAUGCAGGCUAUCUCAGGAUACUACAACGAUUACCUCUUUCCUGACCCCACCCGUGAUGAGCUGCCGCCCUUCCCGAGGAUUCAAGCGCCGGUGGAGUACGUGGAAGCCAAACCUCCGCCAGACUGGUCGCCUGAUAAUUUCUUUCCCUCCUCCGACAGCGCUGCCGAAAAGUUGGUCCCCAUCCGCCUUGAGAUCCAUGCGGACGGUCGUUCGCUAAGGGAUGUAGUGAUAUGGAAGAUCAGCGAGAAUAACGGGAAGGGAGACGUGAUUACGCCGGAACAGUUUGCAAGGCACCUCUGUGAAGACACGGAUCUCCCGCCAACCUUCGAACCUCUCAUCGUCAACCAGAUGAAUGACCAGAUCAAUGACUUCCUCUACCACGGGGCAUCGGAGGAAUCCGUGCAAGGGUGCAUUGACGAGGAUUCGUACGGCAACUCCACCGAAAGAUUGCACAAGAUCAAGAUCGAUGUGAGAGUGAACGAUUUCGUCUUGGAAGACCAAUUCCUUUGGGACCUCAAGAGUCCGAACAGCGAUGUGGACUUCUUCGUGGAUCAAUAUUGCAAUGACCUGCAGCUGCCUUCCGAUCUGCGGGGAUUAAUAGCCCACAAGAUUCGUGAAAAGAUUUUCGAGUCCAGGAAAAAGAUCCGCCAAGGGAGGGAUGCAGGCAUUAUGAGGAGCAUCCGGAUAAGAUGGCGUGAGAGUGACAAGCGGGAAUGGGGUCCCAACACGCAGUGGCUCACAGUGAAGGAGCGUGAGAUGCUGGAUCGGAAUUCAAAGAAGCAGAGGAGAAUGCCGGGUUGA